GCGGCCGGCGCCGGUCUCCCGCAAGCAGCGGCUCAUGGCAGCCGUGGGCGAGCGGGCGGCGGGCGGCGGCGGCGCGCCGCUGUCGUGCUUCAUCUGCGGCGGGGGCAUCGGGCGCGGCAAGGAGCUGAAGCUGCAGGUGAAGCAACCGGCGGCGGCGGCCCCGGCGCAGCCCUUCUUCCCGUUCCUGCAGCAGCAGGAGCCGGCGCCCGGCGCGCGCGAGCUGUCGCCGGCCGACGGCUGCGUGCUGGUGUGCGCCGUGUGCCGCUGCUUCCUGGGCGAGCAGUGGGCCGCCUUCGAGCGCGCCCGCACGCCCGUGGACAAGCGCAUGUACUGGCUCAAGCGGCCCCACCAGUGCGACGCGGGCGCGGACGGCCGUCGCGGGGGCGCCGGGGCCCCCUGCGAGUGGAACGUCGCGUACGCGCUGGGCAGCACCGGCGACGACGGCGGCGGCGGCCCCGGGCCCCGCGCGGCGACCGAGGACACUCGAGACUCGGAGCUGUCGGAGCUGUCGGACACCGACCCGCUGUCCGAGCCCGACCCGGCCGCGCGCGACGCUGCCAGUCCCCACCAGGACGGGGCGCCAGCGCCGCGGGCCACCCCGGGGCCAGGGCCUCGCGGGGGCCGCUGCCAGGAGUGGAGGCCGGCGCCGGGACCCCCUCCGGGACAGGGCGCGGAGCCCCCGGCGCAGGGCGAUGAGGAAAAAGGGGUCCCCUCGAAGCUCCACGCGGACCGGGAGCCCAGGACCGGUGUUAGGCGCCGGCGCAAGGGGAUUGGGAGGCACUGGGUCCCUGAGGCCCGGGCCAGCGUCCUGAGGGGCAUUCAGGCCUCUUGGCAAGGCCCUCCUGUCAAAGCAGCCCCUGCAGUUGAUGUGAAAGGAACCCCCUCGGGCAGAACCACCAAGUCCCGGGAGAGCAGGCCGCUGGAGGAGACCCUCGGGGGCUACUGCACAUCCGAGGACAGUGACGUCAACAUCACCAGCGAGGAAGAGGACCACAAGGAGCAGCCCUUUCCAGGUCCCGGUUGCCCCAAAGAGAAGGAAAACGGUGGCCGUGUCCCCCGGGCCACCCCGGAGCACCGCGCAGUGCCACCAGAGGGCCUUUGCUGCUACAUAUGUGGUUCGGCGCUAUCCCCCGCGUCGCAGCACCAGAUCCACGUGCAGAAGCAGGAGAAGCUGGCCCAGGCCCCGUUCUUCCCCUUCCUGUGGCUGCACAGCCCGCCCCCUGGGGCACAGCCCAUCAGCGAGGGCGGCAGCACCUUGGUGUGCCCCUGCUGUUUCUCCUCCCUCAUGCAGCAGUGGCAGAGCUUCGAGCUGGCCAAGGUGCCCGUUCUGCAGCGGCUUUACGUGGUGCCCUUGAACAGCCACGCUCCUGGCAUGGCCUCCAAGGGCAGGAGGCUCCCCAGGGAGGAGGGUCCGCCCACCACCGGCCUGCGAGAGGCCUGCUACCUCUGUGGGGAGGACUGUACCCAGGAUUCCCGGGCAGUGCCCUCCAGGAUCCUCAAUGGCAACGCCAGGAGCACCAUGCACUUCCCCUUCCUCAGCCUCCUGCCCUGCCCCCCCAACGCCCGGGGCCCCAACAAGUGCUGCGAGGUGCGCAGCUGCCCCAAGUGUUUCAGCGUCCUGGAGGACGUCUGGGCCCUGUACAGGGCCAGCCAGAACCAGGAGCUCAUCACCUCCGUGCAGGGCUUCCUGGGCAGGUACCACCAGGCUUUCUCUGCCUCCGACACUGCCCUCUGUGAGCUUCCUGUGUCGGUCCAGGGUGGCCCGGCGUCUGUCUGCUACAUCUGUGGGGCUGAGCUGGGCCCUGGGAAGGAGUACCAGCUCAACGUGAACCCCGCCAGCCGCCUGGGCGAGAAAGAGCCCUUCUUCCCCUUCCUCACCGUUUACCCGCCCGCCCCGCGUGCCAGGCCUGCGGAUGCCACCGGCCUGGUGGCCACCUGUGUGCUCUGCUACCAUGACCUGCUGGGCCAGUGGCUGCAGCACGAGGCCCGUGGAGCCCACCAUGCUGUCAGUGCCUGGUCCCGGCAGUACCAGGUGGAGACGUUCGUGUGCUUCUUCUGCCAGCAGGAAAAGAAACGGUGUCUUGGGCUGAAGUCCGUGCGGGUGGCCCGACUGCCCUUGUUCCUGUACACCCUGCGAGCGAGCCACAGCCUGCUGGUGGAUGACGGGCAGCAGCUGAUCAUCGGCGCCUGUGUGGAGUGUGGGACCCUGGUGUGUGCGGGCCAAGGGCUCACCCGCCAGGGACCCUUGGCCUGGAGCUCCCCGGUGGCAGCAUCGACAAAGGUCACCUCUGCGUCCCUGGAGGCGUCUGCAGCUGUCCACCCUCCCACCCGGGAGCCCGAGCCCCGGCCAGGCGCGCCAGCAGAGAGCCUGUCCAGAGGCCCCAGGACGGGCCUGGAGCCGAGGCCAGCGCAGUGCCAGCAGAGCCGCCGGGACGGGGAUGGACCCGACCUCACGGGCACAGGCAUGAGCCAUGAGCCCAAGUCCCCUUCACUAGGGAUGCUUUCCACCGCGACCAGGACCACCGCCACCGUCAACCCCCUCACCCCCUCGCCGCUCAAUGGCGCCUUGGUGCCCAGCGGCAGCCCUGCCACCAGCAGUGCGCUGUCGGCUCAGGCCGCGCCGUCCUCCAGCUUUGCCGCUGCACUGCGCAAGCUCGCCAAACAGGCGGAGGAGCCCAGAGGGUCCUCACUGAGCAGCGAGUCGUCUCCCGUGUCCUCUCCAGCCACCAACCACAGUUCCCCUGCCAGCACGCCCAAGCGGGUGCCCAUGGGCCCCAUCAUUGUGCCUCCUGGGGGCCACAGCGUCCCCAGCACGCCCCCCGUGGUGACCAUUGCCCCAACCAAGACUGUCAAUGGUGUCUGGAGGAGCGAGAGCCGGCAGCAGGAUGCCAGCUCAAGGGGCAGCAGCAGUGGUCGGGAACGCCUCAUCGUGGAGCCCCCACUGCCCCAGGAGAAGGCAGGAGCCCCAGCCAUCCCCUCCCACCUGCUCAGCACCCCCUAUCCCUUCGGCAUCUCUCCCAGCUCAGUGGUUCAGGAUUCCCGCUUCCCACCACUCAACCUCCAGCGGCCGGUGCACCAUGUGGUGCCCCCCAGUACAGUGACUGAGGACUACCUGAGAAGCUUCCGGCCCUACCACACCACUGAGGACCUCCGCAUGUCCUCCCUGCCCCCGCUUGGCCUGGACCCAGCCACCGCUGCUGCCUACUACCACCCCAGCUACCUGGCCCCACACCCCUUCCCCCACCCUGCCUUCAGAAUGGAUGACUCCUACUGCCUGUCGGCACUGCGGUCCCCGUUCUACCCAAUCCCUACCCCUGGCUCCCUGCCCCCGCUGCACCCAUCAGCUAUGCACCUCCACCUCUCUGGGGUCCGCUACCCCCCCGAACUCUCCCACUCAUCCCUGGCAGCGCUACACUCUGAGCGGAUGUCCAGCCUCAGUGCAGAGAGGCUGCAGAUGGAUGAGGAGCUGAGGCGGGAGAGGGAGCGUGAGCGUGAACGGGAGGCCGACCGAGAGCGGGAGAAGGAGCGCGAGCGGGAGAAGGAACGCGAGCGGGAGAAGGAACUGGAACGGGAGCGGGAGAAGGAGCGGGAGCUGGAGCGCCAGCGGGAACAGCGGGCCCGGGAGAAGGAGCUGCUGGCUGCCAAGGCACUGGAGCCUACCUUCCUGCCUGUGGCUGAGCUGCAUGGGCUGCGUGGCCACACCACUGAGGAGCGGGUCAAGCCCUCGGAGCAGCUGACCCCAACCCGAGCAGAGAAGCUGAAGGAUACAGGCCUGCAGGCGCCCAAGCCUGUGCCGCACCCCCUGCACCCAGUGCCAGCCCCGCACCACGCCGUGCCCAGCCUCAUCUCCAGCCACGGCCUCUUCUCUCUGCCAGGCAGCAGCACCGCCACGGCCCUGCUGAUCCAGCGCACCAACGAGGAGGAGAAGUGGCUGGCACGGCAGCGGCGGCUGCGGCAGGAGAAGGAGGACCGGCAGUCACAGGUGUCGGAGUUCCGGCAGCAGGUGCUGGAGCAGCACCUGGACAUGGGCCGGCCCCCAGUGACAACGGAGGCGGAGCACAGGCCUGACAGCACCAGGCCGGGACCAAACCGCCAUGAGCCAGGCAGCCGUGACCCCCCGCAGCACUUUGGCGGGCCACCGCCACUCAUCUCGCCCAAGCCCCAGCACCACACAGUGCCCACAGCCCUCUGGAACCCGGUGUCCCUGAUGGACAACACCCUGGAGACACGGCGGGCUGAGAGCCACCCUCUGCACAGCCACCCAGCCGCAUUUGAGCCCAGCCGCCAGGCUGCUGUGCCGCUAGUGAAGGUGGAGCGGGUCUACUGCCCUGAGAAGGCAGAGGAGAAUCCCCGGAAGCGUGAGGCCGCCCCCAUGGACAAGUACCAGCCACCACCGCCACGGGAGGCUGGAAACCUGGAGCACCAGGCCUUCUCCCAUGGGCCUGGGCCCUUCCUUGCCGAGCUGGAGAAGUCCACCCAGACCAUCCUGGGCCAGCAACGGGCCUCUCUUCCACAGGCAGCCCCCUUCGGGGAGCUCAGCGGGUCCCUGAAGCCCGGCUCACCCUACCGGCAUCCAGCAACGCGGGGCCCCGACCCUGCCUACAUUUACGAUGAGCUCCUGCAGCAGCGCCGGCGACUGGUCAGCAAGCUGGACCUGGAGGAGCGCAGGCGGCGAGAGGCCCAGGAGAAAGGAUACUACUAUGACCUUGAUGACUCUUAUGAUGAGAGCGAUGAGGAAGAGGUCAGGGCUCACCUCCGUUGCGUAGCCGAGCAACCACCCCUCAAACUGGACACGUCCUCCGAGAAGCUAGAGUUUUUGCAACUUUUUGGCUUGACCACCCAACAGCAGAAGGAGGAAUUGGUCGCCCAGAAGCGGAGGAAGAGGAGGCGGAUGCUGAGAGAAAGAAGCCCAUCUCCUCCGACGAUUCAGAACAAGCGGCAGACACCAUCACCGAGACUGGCACUGUCCACCCGCUACAGCCCUGACGAGAUGAACAACAGCCCCAACUUGGAAGAGAAGAAGAAGUUCCUGACCAUCUUCAACCUGACCCACAUCAGCACCGAGAAGAGGAAAGACAAAGAGAGACUUGUUGAAAUGCUCCGUGCCAUGAAGCAGAAGGCACUGUCAGCAGCAAUGGCAGCCUCGUUGACAAACUCUCCGAGGGACAGUCCUGCCAUCUCCCUGAGCGAACCAGCUGCGCAGCAAGCCUCUCCAGAUGCAGAUAAGCCUGUUGCUGUUGCUCCUUCCUUGUCUGACGUCCCAAAGGCCAUGGAGCCUGGGAGACUGGAACAGCUCCGACCUCAGGAGCUCUCAAGAGUGCAGGAGCAAGCUCCUGCCAGCAGUGAGAAUGCCAGGCCAAAUGAGGCCACAGGGGGCAAGAAGAGCCUGAGCAUGCUUCAUUAUAUCCGGGGCGCUGCACCCAAGGACAUUCCUAUGCCACUGUCCCACAGCAUCAACGGGAAGAGCAAGCCAUGGGAGCCCUUUGUGGCAGAAGAGUUUGCACACCAGUUCCAUGAAUCAGUGCUGCAGUCCACCCAGAAGGCCCUGCAGAAGCAUAAAGGGAGCGUAGCUGUGCUGUCCGCAGAGCAGAACCACAAGGUUGACACGUCCGUCCACUACAACAUUCCUGAGCUGCAGUCCUCCAGCCGGGUUCCUCUGCCACAGCAUAAUGGGCAGCAGGAGCCCCUAGCUGCAAGGAAGGGCCCACCCGCGCAGGAGAUGGACCGGGACGAAGAGGAGGAGGAGGAGGAGGACGGCGAAGAGGAGGAGGAGGAAACCCCCAGACGCAAGUGGCAAGGGAUUGAGGCAAUUUUUGAAGCUUACCAGGAACACAUAGAAGAGCAAAAUCUGGAGCGGCAGGUGUUACAGACACAGUGCAGACGGCUGGAGGCCCAGCACUAUAGCCUCAGUCUGACUGCAGAGCAGCUCUCCCACAGCAUGGCGGAGUUAAGAAGCCAGAAACAGAAGAUUGUCUCGGAAAGGGAGAGGCUCCAGGCAGAACUGGACCACUUACGGAAGUGCCUUGCCUUGCCUGCAAUGCAUUGGCCUAGGGGUUACUUUAAGGGAUAUCCGAGGUGACGGUUUCCCUUGAACUAGGCUGAACCUAUAGUAUAGAAAUAUUAUCUAUUUUAUUACCUUGAAUAUUUAAUAUUUUUCACUGGGAGGUUUGAAGCUUAAAAAAAAAAAUGAGAAUGUGCCAUGCAUGAAGCAAAGGAUUCCAGGCUCCAGGAAAAAAACACAACUCAUCUUGACUUCAAUGCAAUUCAGUCACCUUUCAAUGUAGGACACCUGUAGUCUUUCUUUUUUAAAGGCAAUUUUAUUCCUUCUUCCCCUACAUCGUCAUGUUUUAAUCUGAAAAUGAAGGCUCCGUUACCAACACUAAAACUAUCGUUUAUCGCCCCCGGUGUGUAUGAUUGGGUCAAACUGGUUGUAUUGUCUCUUGUGUUGCCAUGUUACUAUGCCUCAAGAACCAAGUUUGCUUUUGCCACAGUGAUGGGGUUGGUCUCGUUCCCCCCCAGGAGUGAGACUUGCUUCAGCUGAAAAGAAGGUUGGGUGCAUUGAAAGUAAAGGGCUUAUUUUGUUUAUGUUUCUGUAAAAUUUUCUUCAAAGCAACAGGUCCUAAGGGCACACAAAGCAACCCCAAAGGCUUUUCUUUGGAAAAGGUCUUACCUAACGAUAAAGUGAAUCCACAAACUGAAGGUACCUUUUUAUUACUCCUUGGGGGGAAAUGUACAGAGCUCUAUGUAUACAUAUAUUCACACCUACCAAAUUGUUACUGCAGUGGGUGAUGUUUUCAUACAAACAUAAAUUGAGAGAAAAGUCAAAGGUGCUUCAGCCUUGUACUGUGUAUAUAUAUAUUAAAAAAAGUUUUGUAUGUUUUUAUUACUUUAAUUAUUGUUAUAAAAAGCCUGCCAUUUUUAAUAUGUGGUUUGGGGGAUUUUUGUUUGUUUUUCCUGUUUGGGGGGUUUUGUUUUGUUUUCUGGGCAAAAAAACCCUUGCUUUUAGUGUUUGUACUGCUGCUGGUCAGGACAUUAAAAUAUUGAAGUUUUUAAAAAUUAAAGAAGAAAAAGUAAAAGAGCUUACCACUGGCGCCUAUGCGGUCACUUCAUUUUAAUCUGAGCUACACCAGAACUUGCCGUAGAAAGCUGUGUGCUACUUCUCACCCCAGCAUUUGGACACGCUAAUAGCAAAUGUGACCGGUUGCUAGGAUCCACCUUGUUCCUACCACAGACUAUGUGUGACAUCUGUGUGUACACACAGAAGUGAAGCUUUUAAAAAGAACCUUUCAGGAAAUAAAUGAUUUCUGCGAUAGAAUUCUAAGAUGCCUGAAAGCAGGUGCAGAGUAGAAACUUUAGAGGCUUUAUUUAGAUGCAAAGCUUUGUAAAAGCCUAAAGUAGGAUAAACAAUGUCUGAGCUGAACCCCUCCUUUUGAACUUACUGUGGGAUGAGCACAGGAGUGGCCAGAAACUGGGCUGAUCACACUAGGACGAAGCCAUGGGGGAAGUGUUUCCUCCUUGUCCAGUUCAUGCUCAUUCAGGCACUGUUUAAUCUAGCUCAGGGGGCAUUUCUUGCCCGAAUGGGCCCCAACCAAAGGCCAAGAAUGCCUGUUGCUGGUCUGGGGGCAGGAGCAGGGGAGGAGACAGGGCCUGGGGGCAAGAUGGCUGACCUUUGUGCAGCUCCUCACCGCUGUGCUCGGCGGCCCAGCCCUCAACCCCAGACCUUGCUGUGCAGAACAGCUUGCUGGCAGCUGGCAUUGUGUCGCUUUAUCUGCCUGCACACAGUUUGCUUUGUACGUCUGCCAAGAAUCUUCCAGUUAUUAGCAAACAGACAAAAAGUGCCGCCAGUAUUAUCAGCAGUCAACAAGCACCUUCCUCUCCACAGAAGUGACUGGAAGAAAACUAAAGGCUGUGCUGUGGGCCUCCUCCCCUACCCUGCAGACACGUUCCACAGGUGUGUAGAGGGAGCUGCAUUGCCAACAGUCAGGACAAAAUAUCACUGAAUUUUUCCACCUAAAAUCCGCUUGCUAUUUCGGGUCUGAAGGCUUAACAGUCACAUCUUAGCACUCCCAGGCCGCCUCCUGCAUCACAGAUGUCUGGAUGCUUUUGCUAAUCAGCUUUGGUAAUGGGCCUUGGAGGAAGUAAAAGGAAAAAGCAGAUCUAAUAACUUAAUGAAAAAAAAAGCACAGCCCUGUCCCUAUGUCCAAGGGGAGCUCCCUUGGUUGGCUUUUUUGUCUGGGGGUAGUUCAUGGCACAUGGGACAAGCAGUGCACUGAGAAAGGUCUGUGGGGGUGUUGCUGAGCUAGUAACAACUGCUUUCUCUCCUCCUAGUGGAAACACCAUCUCUACCCUGCCCUUGAGCUUCUCUAUUGCUGAAUAUUCUUGUGCUUGAGAAGUAAGUAAUAAGACAAUCAGAAUACAAUUACAAACCAGUAAAGCAGUAUGAAUCAGCUAAGAAAAAGGAAGAAAGUAUCUCGAAAACAAGAGGGCAUCACUAAGCACCCAUAAUGGUUUUCCCAUCUAACAGUCUUACAAUCUGAAGAUACUUAUUUUCAGAUGAUUCUGAAAGAACACAGUAGCUUGUAUUUUCAGUUGGGCUUACCAGAAACUGACAAAUACGCACUCUUAAACUCUGUUCAGGUAUUUCACAUUGAGUUUAAAAGACACAGUUGAGAAGUACAUUAAAUUUGUUCUAGAACUGAUUAUGCAGCCUGUGUUUCAGUCGGUAUCUACGGGAAGACCUCCAUUCUUCUCGUCUUCCUGCAUUACCUCAAUUGAUGGUGCCAUCUCUCCUCUGAAGGAGACUUCACUAAACUUGUGAGGGACAUCUUCCAACGCUAAAUCUCGUAGUUCCACAUUAAAUCAGAAACUUUUUGUUUGUGUUAUACAAUCCGAGCCAAAUGGACAUAUGCUCCUGCUCCAUUCUCAGAAAAGAGACCACGAUAGGAUCUAAUCUUAAAAUAAAACACUUAAUUGGCAUUAACAUUCUAAUAGAUUGAACCCUUAAGAAUAUUAAGAGUAUUAAGCCCACACCUUCAGCAAAGAAUUAUAACAGAAAAUCUUAAGUUUGUAGAGCAGAAUGGUGUUGUACUCAAGUAGCUCACAAUACUGCCAGAUUUCAAAAAUUAAGCUGAAUUUCAAACCAAAUGCCCCCUUUCCCUCUGAGCCAUGUAUUUGAAGUACAGAAAAUUCCAAGGACCCACCACAAGGUGGAGAUGGUCAGCACACAUUCUGUUACUAUAAAGUGUAUAUUAGCCACUUAGCAACAACCUCUAUACUCUACCAAGUAACCAAGCUGUUGACUUUACUACUUGCUGUAGCCUGUCCCCAACUUUUUGAUUCAGUGCUUAACUUAAACUCCGUAACUCUGCCUUGACCUGAGGAAGACCAUGCUAACUGGUUUUGUUACUUUGUUUGUACCCUGUGCUUAACUGCUAGAACAGUAAACCCAUCCAUGGGUGGGAGGGAGGAACAACAGUGCCUCAGUCACUCUGGGGGCAGUUUAGAUGCUGUGAAAUUAAACCUGUUCUAAGUGUACUUGUUUGAAUUAAUUGUAUUGUAAUAUUAUUUGUUGAAUGUAGUAAUUAGGUAUUUAUGAAUAUAUUGCUGUAAUUUCUGACAACAUCCAAAAAAUAAAAUCUUCCUAAAUCA